CAAUAUCGUGCAAUGUAAUACAUCAUUAAAUAAUCAAUUGGCCUCACUUAAUAGCAAUAUAUCGCUCUGUCAGGGACGCGUUAAGUAGAUUAUAAUGCGACGACAUACGUGCAGAUCCUUUAAACAUCAAUAAUCAAUAUCAUAGAAACAAGGACAUGCAUAUUAUAUAGGUAAUAGGAUACCUAUAAUACGCAGAAAACACUAUUUUAAACUCAUAACAAGGAAUUUUUACUUCCUUACUUCCCUUUUCAAGGAAAACUCGAUAGUGUUACCGCUCGCUGUACUUUUGUUUUAGUUGUAGUUAAGUUUAUUUUGAUGAACAAAGGAUGACCAUGUCCCAUGGAGAGUACCGCAAAGUUGGUUGCAUCGGAGAGGGCGGCUUUGGAAAGGUCAUUCUGCUAGAAAACGCUUCCAAGGAGCAGGUGGCGUUGAAGAUUGUGGACCUUGCAGGCAAAGAUUCCAAGGUUGUUCAGUUGGCGCAUCAAGAGGUGAAGCUCCUUUCAAAACUUAAGCACGAGUACAUCCUAAAGUUCAUACACGUUGAAAAGGACGGAACGACAUUGAAGAUAUUAACAGAGUUCUGUCCGAAUGGCGACCUGUCUGGCUACAUUGAGGCCCACCGUGGGCAGGUGAUGGACGAACAGCGGCUGGUGGAGUGGACGAGGCAGAUUGUAUCUGCUUUACAGUACCUGCACACUCUCCCCAAGCCGGUGAUUCACCGAGAUCUGAAGAGCGCCAAUGUUUUCUUGGACGCAAACUGGGACACACGGCUCGGGGAUUUCGGGGUUUCCAGAGUGAUCGAGUUUUCGACAGACAUGGCUACUACCCAUGUGGGAACACCCAUUUAUAUGGCCCCAGAGAUGUUCAUGGGCAUACCGUACACAGAGAAGACUGACAUCUUUUCCUUGAGCAUACUGAUGUACGAGAUGGCCUGCAUGCAGAACGAUGCUUUUAAAGAAAUGCUGCCUCAGAUGAUGCUUUUUCGGAUCAUCCAUUUUGGGUUUCCUGCAAUGCCAGAUGGAUACAGCUCCGGUUUGAUAGAUCUCAUGAAAACGAUGAUGCAAGUUGAUCCUGACAAACGACCUUCGGGCACUGACCUUCUCAAAGAGAGCAUCUUUAAAACUACUGGAAAACCACUGCCAAUCGCAGAUUCCACUAAAAACGUAGUUCUGGAAGACACCGAUGAUCAGGUUACAACGGAAUCACUUACCUGGGUAGAAAACAUCAUUAAUAACGAUACCAUAACGGGAGAAAGAAGAUCCCAUGAUGAUGAAGGGCAUAUAGAUUAUGGACCUGUGGAUGACACAACCGUCGUCGAGUUGCUUUCAGAAAAUCCCAUGAUGGGCUUCGUUACGCGGGUCCUGGAUGACAUGGGGAAAUCACAAUUGGUACAAGGUCGCUCCAAACUAGAGAAAAAUGCAGACAUGCUGAAAAUGUACUGCCUUCAGUGCAUGGAUAACAACGAGGAAUUAUUCCAGAAGGCGAGUGCGGCACUGACGGCCAGUCAUGACGAAGACCAAAUUGAGGAGACACUAAUAAGAAUCCUGGGACAUGAACGAUAUGGCCUCUGUGGUGUACAGUUUCUUCACUACAAAAACUACAUGUUUGUGAUGAAAAACAUGUAGUAAUCGGGCAACGGCGAACAUUCAUCGCAAAUAGUGCAUAAAUGUACAUGCAACAUCAGUAUGUUUAUUUCGUUCGAUUCUGUAUACAUGUAUUUGAACAAUUACAUAUUAAGGAGUGGUGUGGCACCUCACAAUUUUUGCAUUUAGCUUCCGAGACUUUUAUGAGUGAAUUGAUGUUUGAAUAGAGUGUUUGCAUUCACUAUAAUAAGAAUAAAGGAUUAAUCUCUCUUGAUUUAUGUUAUAGGAACGGAUUAUUUUGUGAAUAGAUUUUUUUCUCCUACACUAUAAAUAUAAGGAUUUACUUUCUCUUGAUACUUGUUAUAUUUUUUCGAGCUCCUCCUCUUUUACACUCGGAGGUCUCUGGUUGUGAGCCCUGAAUGAAACCAAAUAAUAUGAAGCACUAUGUGUUUUCUGUGUAAACGACGUUUGACUAACUUAACUUUUCGUAAAAGUGAAAGAUUAUAUCCAUCACACUUAUAUGAGAAUCUUAAUUGUCUAUUAAGAUUUAUCAAAAUGGCGGUUUAAGAAAACAUGCAUCGAAUCGCGUAUUUUUCUUACAGUGAUAACGCGUUUAGUGUUACUAAUCAUUUUGUCAUUUUUCUAUGUAUUAAAGUGUUUUUGCUAAUGUCCAAUUAUAUACAUAUUUCUUUA